CAAGUGCAAUCCAGUCCAUUACUGCUGCAGGUAUAUAUAUGAAGGAAGGAAACAAAAACAUGAGUUUCAUUCUUGUGGUCUUGUGCUGCAUCUUCCUUUUCCCAGGAUAUGAAGCCCAAGCUCUGUCCUAUGAUUACUCCUCCAGCAUCCAAUGUCUAGAGAACCCCCAGAAGCCAUUGUACAAUGGAGGAAUCAUCAAGAACCCAGAAUUCAAUAACGGACUUCAAGGCUGGACUCCCUUUGGAGAUUCUCAAAUCCAACACGCAGAAUCCAGAGGCAACAAAUAUAUUGUGGCUCAUAGCAGAAUUCACCCUUAUGAUAGUGUUUCUCAGAAGAUUUAUCUGCAAAAGAACAAGCUCUAUUCAUUAUCUGCUUGGGUACAAGUGAGUGGGGAAAAUGCUGCAGUUUCAGCAGUUGUGAAAACUAGAGAUGGAUUCAAACAUGGCGGUAAUGUUAUUGCAGAGUCUAAUUGUUGGUCCAUGCUUAAGGGUGGCCUUGUAGUUGAUACUUCAGGACCUGCCCAGCUCUAUUUCGAGAGCAAUAAUACUUCUGUGGAGAUAUGGGUAGACAGCAUUUCCUUGCAGCCAUUUACGCACAAACAGUGGAGACUUCAUCAAGAGCAAAGCAUUGAGAAGACACGCAAGAAAAAGGUACUGAUACAAGCAGUUGAUGAAAGAGGCAAGCCCUUAUCAAAUGCGAGCAUAUUCUUUGAGCAGAAGACGCCAAGCUUUCCUUUUGGGAGUGCCAUAAACAAGAACAUCCUCAGCAACAGUGCAUAUCAGAACUGGUUCACCUCUAGAUUCACAGUCACAGUAUUUGAGAAUGAAAUGAAGUGGUACAGCACUGAAAGCACCCAAGGCAAAGAGGACUACUCUGUUCCUGAUGCGAUGUUGCAGUUUGCCAAGCAGCACAACAUCGGUGUUCGGGGUCACAACAUAGUUUGGGAUGAUCCGAGUCAACAACCUAGCUGGGUUCCUUCACUCUCACCAGACCAGCUCAACUCAGCAGUUCAAAGAAGGCUCAAUUCUGUUGUGUCAAGAUACAAGGGCCAGCUUAUUGCUUGGGAUGUUUGCAAUGAGAAUCUCCACUUCUCAUUUUAUGAAGGCAAACUUGGGCAAAAUUUCUCACCCAAGAUUUACGAUGGUGCUCAUAACAUUGAUGCACAGACCACUUUGUUCUUGAAUGAGUUCAACACCAUCGAAGAUAGUAGAGACGGUUCAUCAACCCCUGCAAAGUACCUUGAGAAGCUCAGACAGAUCAAGGACUAUCCUGGGAAUAGUGGAUUGACCAUUGGGAUUGGGCUGGAGUCCCAUUUCUCUGGCCCUCCUAAUCUACCUUACAUUAGAUCUUCUAUUGAUACUCUUGCUGCCUCUGGUUCUCCAAUUUGGAUCACAGAAUUGGACGUCCAAAGCGACCAUAACCAGGCACAGUACUUGGAGCAGAUUCUGAGAGAGAUCCAUUCACACCCAAAUGUUCAGGGCAUUAUGUUGUGGACGGCAUGGAGUCCUAGUGGGUGUUACCGUAUGUGCUUGACUGAUAACAAUUUCAAGAACUUGCCCACAGGGGAUGUUGUGGACAAGUUGCUUCGUGAGUGGGGAUUUAAUACAAAGUUGAAAGGAACAACAGAUGCAAAUGGGUUGUUUGAGGCAAAUCUCUUCCAUGGUGACUACCAAGUGAAGGUCACUCACCCUGUUAUGACCAACUUCACUUUAUUUAAGCGAAUACAGGUGAUGCCAUUAGAUGAACCAAAGCAUAUGACCCAAGUUUUUCAACUUUCUGUUUAGUUGGGCUCUUUUCCAUAUAGUAGGUACUUUGUGUAAAAGGGGCACCACAAAGAUGGUUCUUAUAUUUUAACUAUGCCCGUCACUGUAAUAUCUUUA